UAAAAAAAUCAAACAACCUUUUUUAUGUCUAAUUAAACACGCCUAUAUAUAUAUAUAUUUGGGGUAAAAUAUUGCGUAGACGAAAGAAAAUAUUUUUAUCUUAUAUUUUUAUUUGAAGAAUUCAUGUUGAUUUUGCUGUCUGAGUUCAGUCGCAUUAUGUUCUCCGCAAUGUGCGUCGUUCGCGGCAAUGCUGGCAUGCGCACUUUGAUGCGACACACCGUCUUUGUCGCACUCUCGGUGUAAGUCUCGUAUAACAUUACCGACGUAGUCGAAGCCUGUGCAGUUGAAGGUGCACGCGCUCCAUACUGCAUAGUGCAAAAAACGGCGGCCGUGUUUAUCACACUUGUACUUAUAGCCACAGCCGCGCAGGUAUUGCGAAAAACUGCACUUGUCUUCCGUCUGCGCCGGCAAUACAGGCGUUUGAGAGAGACAGAGAGGGGAUGAGAGAGAAAGAAGCGGACCAUGAAAGAACUACUAGCAGCCCCUAUUCCUUAUAAUAUAGGACAGAAGUUAUGACAUAUAUCCAAAAGCUUUGUACAUAUGCUGCUGGACGCUGAGCUAUAGGGAAAGAGUAGUUAUAGAGUAGUUAUAAUAGGGGUAUACGGCCUAUACCUAUGCGCAGCUGUUUGCGACUUGCGUCGUGCGCGCUUCUUGCUGCUACCUAUAGGUGUGUGUGUGUAUAUAUAUAUUUAUAUAUAUACUCUCUACUGCUCCGUAGGUCAAAAUGGCGCGCGGAACCAGCAUCAGUCUCAGCAGCAGCAGCAGCAGCAGCAACAACAACAACAACAAAAACAGUAUUAGCUAUAGCAGCGGCAGCCGUCGCAGCUUCUGUGUUCCGCGAUUUAAGGUUAUAUUCGUCAUGAGUGUUGAUCGCGGAUUGCAGAGUGCUGCAGGAGACUAGCUAUAAGCUCGCAAUCGUAUAUCGUACUUGGCGCACAGAGUGUCCAAAGAUUUACCAAGAUUAUCCAUACCGCCAAGUUGUUUGAAAAAAGUGCGGUUUUCUCAGCUACAACUGCCGCGAGUGCACCGCGGUACAGUAAUUCUGUUGUUGCGCGCUGCACGUGUCAGAUGUUCAGCUGAGAACGACGGAAUGCCCGCAGGCGGUAACAGUCGCUUCCGCGGUUACCCAGCGCGGAUGUCCGAGCGUCAACAACUCGCACUUCUCCUGCAAAUGACUUCUCACCCUCAGCAGGAGAUGACAUCAGCUGAUGAAGGAAAGAGCAACGAGAACAAUCGUUUUCGAGCUUCAUCCGGUGCCGCUGUAAGUAGUAGAUCUGAGAGCAAUAUUCCUUUGAGCAACGCUAGAUCGUCGCCGUCGCAGCAGCAAAAGCUCUCUAAAAGCCGUUGGUCAAACAAAAAUACUGAUCUACUCAAUGCGAAUGACUACAUCAGUAAUUCAAAGGAGCAGAGCGAUUUUGCUAGAUCUAGUUCUUCACCGACUCCGGAAGAGGAGGUGCAUCGUCAGCAGGUGAAGACGGCCAGCGGAGCAGAGAGCCCGACAGCCGCAGGCUCGCCCGCAGAGUGCGCUGCCACCGUAAUUUCGCUCCAGCUGCAACAGCAGCAGCAGGAUCAAGACAACGUCUCCAGCAGCCGCUCGUCUGCAUCGUCGACAUCGUCGCUGCGUCAGCGUCAAUUGUCGUCAGUGCAAGAGCAAAAAGACGAAAUAUUCGGAGCUUCCUAUGAGAUGCGCAGAACUCCGCCGCAAAACAAAGUAGUGGUGGACAGACAAGCCACGGGUGGAGGUAGUAGUAGCAGUACACAUCAGCAGCAGCAGCAGCAGCAGCAACAACAAACUGUGGCAAACAGUGGCAGUAUUAAUACUGCUGCUGGGACUAUCAGUGCAAACACUAGUAACAACAAUAGUGGUAGCAGCAACUCGCCUCGCGUGACGCUCAGGCUAAAUCAAGUACGUGCCGCGAGGGAUGAUAAGAAAGGAGGAGUAGGAGCUGUGUUGGGUUCAAGGGCUGUAUCUCCAACAACGACAGGGGCUAACGCACCAACCUCCUCUUCGUCGCGGCAGUCGUCUGCUGGAUCAUCAGCUGUUGUAUCAAUGAUGAGUACGAAUCAAAUGGAAGCAUCGUCGACGUCGGCAUUAAAAUCGUCAAGUAUAACCUCGACCUCUAGUACGACGACCAGUGGUGCGAUUUGUACCAGUAUAAGUGCAGGAUCCGUUGGCAGCAGCAGUCAGCAAGCAAGUACCAAUAAUAACGUUAAUUCGUCAUCCUCCUCGUCGUCGUCGGCCGACAGCGGAGACGUUUACGAGUUUAAAAGUUCGAAAGAAGCAACUCCCGUCAGAGGAUCAAGCUCUUCACCCAAUCCCAACCCUGCUGCUGAUGGAAAGGAAUCCAAGGACGUUAACAUGUCCUCUUUGUCUCUCACAGCUUGCUCUGCAGGCUCUAAUAAUGCGCAAAGUCAAAAUAUCAGUGCUAGUGUCCAGGCUGCUAAUGGGGCUAUGUGCUGCUCAAUAGGUUCUACUACUACUACAAGCCCCUCGACAGUUCUUCCUCCUUUGAGUGCAACCGCUGGAAACGCUCCUGGCUCUUUGUCUAACUCAUCGUCGUCUGGUACUGCUGCUGGUACUCUUUUAGAAUCGCCAUCUGCCUCUGUGGGAGUAGUGGCGCCAACAGCAGCCAUGAAUGAUGAGCCGAUGCUGGUCAAGUCACCAGCUUCAGCAGUUUCAGCUACUAGUUCUUCUACAUCGACAAAGCGUGCCUUUGAGAGUGAGUCCACUGGUGGUGGUGGUCAAGGAGGAGACGAUCAGGAAGAAGAAGUGCGAAAGCGUAAAAAAAAAGACAAUUCUGAACAGUUGAGCAGUAAUAAAGAGUCGACGUCAGUCGGCGGGUGUAGUGCUGCUGCGACAAAGGCUGGCAGCAGACAAACUGCUGGUAGGAACAAUCCUGGAUCAACUAAUGAUAAAUGUGCGAAGUCUGCAGCAGCAGCAGCAGCAGCAGGAAAGCAGCAGCAGGUUGCUGGAGCAAAUGCUGAACGUAAGAGUCCGAGUGGUUCGGUCAGUGCUAAUAGUCCAAAGCCUUCAGCGGUGACGGCGGCCGCCGAUUCGGAUGGCGAAGACGAGCGCUCAAAAAAUAUGGAUUGCAGCAAUUCUGCAGCGCCAAAAGUACCACCUCUAAAGAUAGUCAUUCCACAAAGUGCAACUUUAGAGCAUCAGGAACAUCAUCAUCAGGGUAGCAAUAGAAAUGGUAAAAACACGUUGAAUCGCGGCCAUCAUCAGCUGCCUUACGUCGUGGCAAGUUCAAACAACAGCAAUGAUUCCAUGGAUAAAGAUCAAAGCAUGUCUGCUGCAGUGAUUUCUAGUCCACUAGAUAAUAGCGGCGGCGGCGGCGGCGGCGGCGCAAUCCCGUCAAAAAGUGAUGAAAAGAAAGACUUUAGUGGUGUUUUGGAUACCGCCGCCGAGUCGUCACGAUCAACAGCAGCAGCGGCACAUCAUCAACGUGUUCUUAGAAGUUCACAUCGGGGUAAUGGUGGUGGUAGUGGUGGAGGUGGUAACGGUGGUACAAAUAGUACUAGUAAUAAUGGAAGUUGUUCGAAUUCUUCGCCGUUGCCGACUAAUGCAGACCGUUCAAAUAAUGCGUCACCGCAGCAGCAGCAGCAGAGCAGACAUCAUUCGCCAACGCCAGAAUCAGGCGGUGUUUCAUUGGUAGCUGACUCUGGCAAAUCUGCAUUAACAGAUUCAACAAUUCAAAAUAGUCCCCCAGUCAAACAAUCAUCAUCGCUAUCAUCAACGACUUCAUCGUCAGCAUCAGCAUCGAGUCGAGAAAACUCGACGACGACGGAAAAGAGUGACAAGACUGCAGCAGUACAGGACGUAAAGAAAGAAGAAAGUUUGGAAACUAGCACAAAAAAAGAGAGUGGCAGUGAAAUAUCAAACAGCUCGACGCAAAACACUCCUGUCGUCGAACUGCAUCCUAGAAAAAGAAAAAUAAAGUCGAGCAAAGAAUCGCAGCAAGCAGCAGCGGCUGCUGCUGCUGCUGCCGCCGCCGCCGCCGCAGCAGCAGCAGCAACUUCAUCUGCAAACGAGACUAGCGAAACUAGUGGAACAUGCAGCAGUGCAGGAGGACAGGAAAUUCAUCCGCAUGAUCAGCCAAUCACUAAUUGCUAUCAAUUAUUCUUAAACAUACGAAAACAGAUCGAGCGAAGGAGAAAAGGCCUAUUUCCAGUUCAACCUAAACCUCCACAAGGAUUCAAGGAUUACUUGAUGAAUCGAUGCACUUAUGUGCUGGCUGGCAAUGCCAAUAAAGAACCAAAUAUCAAUCCACCAGUAAAUUUAUCGUCGGCGGCGAUGAAAGAACUUUACGUUGAACAAGAAAAAGAACGCUAUAGAUUAAGAAUGCAGCAUGUCGUGGAGAAGGAAAAACUAGUCUUGUCAGUGGAACAGGAAAUUCUUAGGGUUCAUGGCAGAGCAGCUAGAGCUCUUGCCAAUCAGUCACUUCCUUUUUCUGUUUGUACAAUUCUUAAAGAUGAAGAGGUUUAUAAUGUCAUUACACCAGAGCAGGAGGAAAAAGAUAGAAAUGCAAGAAGUAGAUAUAACGGAAGGUUAUUUCUAAGCUGGCUUCAAGACGUUGAUGACAAAUGGGAGAAAAUUAAGGAAGCAAUGUUGCUGAGACACCACAACGAAGCGGAAUCUUUACAUGCUGUUCAACGCAUGGACUGGGAAUGGAAAUUAAAGGAAGUUGGACUCUGUGAAUUUAAAGCUACCCCUCAAAUAGAAGAUGUUCAUGUGCCAAUGGUACAUGUCUCAGAUGACUUUGAUCUUUUGCCAGCUUAAAUCUGUGAUUAUCCGUAACAGCAGCAGAAGAGAAACAUAAUGUAAAUAUUUUGUAAUCAUAAAAGCAGAAGCUUAUUAUAUAUAUAUAUAUAUAUAUAUAUAUAUAUAUAAAUAAAACAGCAGGUGAAUGUACAGUAAAAUGUAAUAAAGCGACUACGAGAGAAGUAGGUACAUUUUUCGUUUAA